AUGAACGUUCCGCUGGCGAAUGCUGCGGUCGUUCCGGGCUCUGCGGCCCAGUUUGCGGUGAUCGUUCCACAGGGCGCAAGCCCAGGUCAGAUGCUGGAUGUUCGGAGCCCGGAUGGGCAAACGCUGCGGGUUGCAGUGCCCGCCGGCUGCCCACCCGGUAGCCAAUUCAACGUCGCCUACCAGCCUUUGGCUGCAGCAGGGGCACCAGUCGCUGUGGCACAAGCCGUGGUGGCACCGACGCAGCAGGCCAUGGGUGGAGGCAUGGGCGUUCCUAUGCAGCUGCAAUACCUCGCAGGACCGACA